CAAGUUUUCGACAUUUUCGUUCCUUCACAUUCAGAGUUAUUUGUUGUAAACGCCGCUGAUUCGGUUAAUACUGAUAUAAUUCUGCUGAUGGAUAUACACAAUGAAUAAUUAUAGUGUCUUACGUAAACGCGCGGAUGUUAUGACAUUGGUUUCCUCGCAAAUAUCUGGCAACAAGCGAACGCAUUCUGCUCUGAAGUCCGAGUUCAUCGACAGUGAACGGUCUCAGUGUUGAAGGCAAGUGAGGAAAAAUGCUGCGCGCUGUUUUCUCCAGAACUUUUCCUCAAGUUUUCCGUAUUUCAGCAUGUCAGCAUUCAACGAUUCCUGCACCGAGCGUUCACCCAGACGUUCACUAUAACAAGAUUUUCAUCAACAAUGAAUGGCACGAUGCAGUAAGCAAGAAAACUUUUCCAACCAUCAAUCCUGCUACUGGUGAGGUUAUCUGCCACGUCGCAGAGGGCGGUAAGUCGGAUGUGGAAAAAGCUGUCAAAGCUGCCAAAGAUGCCUUCAAGCUUGGGUCUCCCUGGCGGCGUAUGGAUGCGUCCCAUCGUGGGCUUCUCUUGAGCCGAUUAGCAGACUGCAUAGAGAGAGACGCUGCCUAUUUAGCUGUGAGUCACUCAAACAAUCUUUGUCAGAACUUUGUUUUUUCUGUUGGGUGUUGGUUGGUCUGUAGGUAUUAUGCUGGCUGGGCAGACAAAUGGGAGGGGAAGACCAUUCCCAUUGAUGGUGAUUACUUCUGCUACACCAGGCAUGAGCCCAUUGGAGUGUGUGGCCAAAUUAUCCCUUGGAACUUCCCACUGUUGAUGCAGGCCUGGAAACUCGGUCCUGCUCUGGCCACAGGAAACACAGUGGUGAUGAAGGUGGCAGAACAGACGCCUCUCACUGCACUCUAUGUUGCCAGUCUGAUCAAAGAGGUGGGUUUCCCUGCUGGUGUCGUCAACAUUGUCCCAGGAAUGGGUCCCACAGCAGGGGCAGCCAUCGCAUCUCACAUGGAUGUGGACAAAGUAGCGUUCACUGGCUCCACUGAGGUGGGUCACCUCAUCAUGAAAGCCUCAAGUACCAGCAAUCUGAAGAAGGUCACACUGGAGCUGGGAGGAAAGAGUCCAAACAUCGUUCUAUCAGAUGCUAAUAUGGAGGAGGCAGUGGAGCAGUCCCAUUUUGCCCUGUUCUUCAACCAAGGCCAGUGCUGUUGUGCAGGAUCUCGCACGUAUGUACAGGAGAGCAUCUAUGAUGAGUUUGUUGAGCGAAGCGUAGCGAGAGCUAAGAAGAGGAUUGUAGGAGAUCCCUUUAACUUAGACACGGAGCAGGGCCCCCAGGUGGAUGAGGAACAGUUCCAGAAGAUUCUUGGCUACAUCAGCAGUGGGAAGCGUGAGGGCGCUAAGCUCAUGUGCGGCGGCGGACCGGCAGCUGACCGCGGCUACUUCAUCCAGCCUACUAUCUUCGGCGAUGUUAAAGAUGACAUGACAAUUGCUCGGGAGGAGAUCUUUGGACCUGUGAUGCAAAUUCUGAAGUUUAAAUCUUUAGAGGAAGUGAUUGAGAGAGCCAAUGACAGCAAAUACGGCCUUGCAGCUGCUGUUUUUACCAAAAACAUUGAUAAGGCCCAUUACAUAUCCCACGGCCUGCGCGCUGGCACUGUGUGGAUUAACUGUUAUGACGUGUUCGGAGUUCAGGCUCCAUUUGGAGGAUACAAGGCCUCAGGAAUUGGUCGUGAGUUAGGAGAGUACGGACUGGACAACUACACAGAGGUCAAAACGGUUACAAUUAAGGUCCCUCAGAAAAAUUCGUAAAUGGAUGAAUUAAUUUAAGGAAGCCAUUUCCUAAUUAUAAGAGCCAUGCCAGCCAUUAUUAAAAUGUACUAUGAUUACUAUGAAUCUCAUGCAUUAGCAUAAUUAAUGUGUUGAUUUCUACUGAAAAAUAAUAAGCGUUUAGUAUAAAUUUUGUUUUGGCAGUGAUGAUUAGUUAGUCACGUACUGUAUAGUUGAUUUUACAAAAGAUAUUGCUUGAUUAUCCACCACCAGACAAAAGGAGGGAAAAUGUGUAUUGGGCUGACUUCAUUCUGUUUAAUUCAAGCAUUAUAUAGACCGCAUAAUCACUACAAUUAUUUGCAUGCAUGUGCUGAUUUGUGAAAUGAAUGCUUCAGAUUUUUGGUUUUA